AUGUCGGACAAAAGCAACACGUCCCCGGACUUCACAUCCUAUUACUUGCAACAAAGCACCAAGGAGUUCGCGGAGGACCUGGACAAAAUCCGUAACGCCGACGACUUCAAAGGCGAUGCGGAGAGGAUACUAAAGGCGCGGAAAUCUAAGGAUGAGGAUAAAUGA